AUGGCACAAAGUAAGUUGAACGACAUGGCUGGCAAAUUUGCAAAAGGGGGGCCACCCGGUCUUGGUAUAGGAUUGAAAGUUAUGGCCGCAGUUGGUGCAGCGGCCUACGGUAUUUCUCAAUCUGUAUUUACCGUUGAAGGUGGUCACCGAGCCAUUAUGUUUAAUAGAAUUGGUGGCGUCCAACAACAUGUCAUGACGGAAGGUAUGCAUUUCCGUAUACCUUGGUUCCAGUAUCCUAUUAUCUACGACAUAAGGUCGCGUCCGCGGAAAAUUUCAUCUCCCACGGGCUCUAAGGAUUUGCAAAUGGUUAAUAUUUCUUUGAGAGUUUUAUCACGGCCAGAUGCUCGAUUUCUGCCCAUAAUGUAUCGACAACUUGGAACUGACUAUGAUGAAAAAGUAUUGCCAUCUAUCUGUAAUGAAGUUUUGAAAUCUGUAGUUGCUAAAUUUAAUGCAUCGCAACUCAUCACACAACGUCAACAAGUAUCUUUGCUAAUUAGACGGGAGCUUGUGGAGCGCGCAGCAGAUUUUAACAUUAUUUUGGAUGAUGUUUCACUUACCGAGCUAAGCUUUGGCAAGGAAUACACUGCUGCCGUUGAAGCAAAGCAAGUUGCUCAACAAGAAGCUCAGCGUGCUGCUUUCGUUGUUGAAAGAGCAAAACAAGAGCGUCAACAGAAAAUAGUACAAGCUGAAGGUGAAGCUGAAGCAGCAGAAAUGUUGGGAAAAGCAAUGGGCAUGAAUCCUGGUUAUUUGAAGUUACGUAAAAUCCGUGCAGCUCAAAGCAUUUCUAGAAUGAUAGCUCAGUCUCAAAACAGAGUAUUCCUCCCUGGAAACAGCCUUAUGAUUAAUCUUCAGGAUCCCACUUUUGACGACUUGUCAGAAAAAUUGACAAAGAAGAAG